UUUUCUUUCUAUAAAGAACGGAUCUUGGGAGCUAAAACCGCAAGAAGACCGAGAUCAAGAACCUACCCAAGUCAGAGGAAAUAUCUGCAGACAUGUCUUCCGCAUCGCCGUCGCCGCCGCCUGAGAUUCUGGUAGUGCCCUUCUUCGGCCAAGGCCACCUCCUCCCUUGCAUGGAGCUCUGCAAGCACAUCGCCGCCCGCAACCUGAGGGCCACUCUCGUCAUUUCCUCCAACCUCUCUUCCUCCAUCCCCUCCGCCCUCCGCCACCACCACCCGCUCCUCCAGGUCGCCGAGAUACCCUCCUCCCCGAUCCCUCCCGCGCAGCCGGGAUCCGACCCCAUGGAGGGUCACCGGGCUCACCACUCCCAGAUGGCUCAGGGGCUCGAGAGCAUGCUCUCGCCCCGGCCCGACGAUCCCAGCCCGGCCCGGCCCGCCUGCGCGGUCCUCGACGUCAUGUUGGGGUGGAGCGGCGAGAUCUUCGCCAAGUACCAGAUUCCGACGGUCGGGUUCUUCACCUCCGGCGCGUGCUCGUCGGCGAUAGAGCUCGCGGUCUGGAAGGCCAAGGUCGAGGAUCUCAAGCCGGGCGAGACCUGCCGGCUCCCGGGCCUCCCCGAAGACUUGGCGCUCACGGCGUCGGACCUCAAGCGCCGCCCCAUGGGCAUGCCGCCGCACCUCCGCGGCGGCGGCGGCAGAGGCGGGGGUGGAGGACCUCCGAAUCUGGGACCCGGACCCCCCCGGCCGGCGGGUGUCGUCGGGCCGAAGUUCAUGGGCCCGCCGGGACCGGGGCAGCAGCCGCCGUGGGUGGAGGAGUCCGGCGGCUGUAUCGCGAUGCUGUUCCACACGUGCGCCGAGCUCGAGGGCCUGUUCCUCGACUACCUCGCCGGCCAGGUCAGCAAGCCGGUCUGGGGCGUCGGGCCGCUCCUGCCCGAGCAGUACUGGAAGUCGGCCGGCUCGCUGCUGCACGACCGGGAGAUCCGGUCGAACCGGCAGUCCAGCGUGAGCGAGGACGAGGUCGUCCAGUGGCUGGACUCCAAGCCACGCGGCUCGGUGCUGUACGUCUCGUUCGGGUCCGAGGUGGGGCCCACUGCGGAGGAGUACCCGGAGCUGGCGGCCGCGCUGGAGGCAUCCGCCCGGCCCUUCGUGUGGUCGAUCCAAUACGGGGCAGGCCGUCGGGGCCCGCCCAGGACGUUCCUGGGCGGGUCGCCGGACUCGGAGUCGGACCAGGGCUACUUCCCUCACGGCCUAGAUGAGAAGGUCGGAGAGCGGGGCCUGAUCAUACGCGGGUGGGCGCCGCAGCUGCUGAUACUGAGCCACCCGUCGACGGGCGGGUUCCUGUCGCACUGCGGGUGGAACUCGACGGUCGAGGCGAUCGGGCGCGGGGUCCCGUUCCUGACGUGGCCCAUCCGGGGCGACCAGUACUACAACGCCAAGCUCGUGGUGGACCAUCUCAAGAUCGGGCAUCCCGUGUCCGAGGACAUGUCGAAGGACGUCACGAGGGACGACAUAGGCAAGGGGAUCGAGAAUCUGAUGGCCGACGAGGGCGCGCGGGAGAGGGCCGCACGCAUCCGGACCACGUUCGAGCAUGGCUUCCCAGCCAGCGCGGCAGCCGCCCUAGACGCGUUUAGGGACUUAAUCGUCGGCAAGACGGCGGUGCCGUGAGCACCGCCGUCUUUGGGCACGCACUCUCUGUAGUCCGACAUUGAGACUGAGGAGUGAAGAGGGACACGAUCGGAACAAUGUAUUGUUAUUUGUAUACACUGCACCUUCUAUAAAUUUGUAUUUCUUUUCCUAAAACUAAACGUAGAUAUCCAAACCCUACAUCUGAAUUUAUUUCA